GCCUAGUUCUUCCGAUAUGCCAUGCAGCCCGUCUCACUGUCCCAAGCCAUCGACUUUGCCCGGCUUUGUCAGGGCCUCGAAGUCCUUUCACUAAACACACUAGUCAAGCAAUACGGCGCAUUCAAGAUCACAAACCACGGGAUCUCGUCACGCGCGAGGAAUGGCUGCUUCGCUUACAGUAAAUCCGCUUUCGAGCGACCGAACAAUCUCAAGUCAGCUGACCCCGCCUUUUCGCCGCUCAAAGGGGAAACGGUCAGAGGCACUGCAAUCCCCAAAGAAAGCCUAAAUAUCGCAAAGGAUAAGCUAGGCAAUUAUCCACCGGUGCAAACAUUACACAAGGAACUAAAGGAUUUUACUCCCCGCCUGUUAGAAGGACUAUCUCAAACUUUGAGGCUCGAACCGUCGCUCAAUUCCCUCUGUACAAACGGCGAGGUCGAAAUUGCUCUUCACCAUUACCCCAACAUAACAGCUGUUCCAGAGAGGAAUCCGGAGCAUCGAGAUUGGAGUCUUCUGACUCUGCUCCUGCACGAGGACACGGGGAUUAGCAACGGGCUAGAGGUUGCUGAGUUACCUGGUCGGAAAUUCACCCCUGUCGACCCAGGUAACGGCGAAAUCACGGUACUUGUGGGGAGCAUGCUACGAAGACUAGCCAAGUACUAUUGUUGGGAGGACAUCCCGUCCUGUGUCCACCGUGUCUCCGGCACGGGCGAGCGAUACAGCAUCGCAUAUUUCCUCCAUAUCAACGAUAGCACACGAUUGGCUGAAGACGGCACCACCGCGGGAGACAUACGGAGAAUGUGGGAAACCCAGUCCAAAGUGAAGAACUAGCAGAAUGCCUGAAUCCGAUUGUCUGGCGUCAUGCACUUCCGUCCUGUACAUAUAUGUCCUCGUAAUCUAUUCGCGGGGGAUCAUUCCCGUAGUACUAUCCUGAGGACAGUGUCGUGGACACCGUAAAGAACUUCCUGUACCUUAGUGCGGCUUCUUAUUCACUUCUCAUACUCCUGUAUCUCAAGAAUGCAACAUGUCUACU